GACCGGCUAAGUACGAUCACGAGAGACCAGCCCGAAGAAUAAAGACGUUGAAGCUACCCAUCUUGGAAAUGUUAUGUACGCAAUAGAACCGACAUUUCAGAAUUAUCGCAUAUUACGGGAUUACUUCUUCUGUAAAGACUUGGAAGCGGACCUGCUGCCCCACUGAAGACAGACGAGCCGUCCCAACUGAAGUGCUAUGGCCCCUGCUGCAGUGAGGAGUCCUAGCCUCAGGCCUUCAUAGUGGACAUUGAGCUAUCAUCACAUACGGGGAUAGGCCAGGGCCAGGCCAGGGUCAGACUCCCGGAGCAGGGAUGAUCACUUCCCACAUGAACGGAGGACCCGGAUAUGUAACAGAGGACCCAAUGGGGCCUGUGAGUGGCACGGAGGGUCUUGGGAGUGGAGCCAAGCUGCAGCAGAGGGAGAGGGCAGUGGACUGCCCCCCUGGGGACAAGGCGGUGGGGACCAGGAGCAACAUUGGGCAGGGUACCCGCUGCAGCGCCCAGAUGGAGAAGAUCCAGUUGUACCAGGAAGAGCUGAGGAGGAAGAGAGAGGAGGAGGCCAACAAAGGGAAGCAUGAGAUCGAUCUCAAUGCCUCACUCAGGCUCAAGAAGCUGGCCCAGAACCCAGCCAAGACGGGUAUCGACAACCCCACGUUCGAAGCGCCUGAGGCGAGCAAGGAGGCCAAGGAUGGGAGCCCCCUGCUUGGUGGGGACACGGCUGUGGAGCUGGAGGAGCUGCUGGAGGCCCUGCGGCGGGUGCAGAGCUGCCUGGUGGACGCCCAGUCGCAGGCCGACGUGGCCCUGGUGCUGGGCCUGCUGCGCAAGGAGGACUUCCAGAGUGCCUUCGCCAUCCACAGCGCCGUGUCCCAGCAGAUGCAGCCGCGCGGCAGCCCGCCCUUGCCCCUCACCGCCCAGGCCCGCAGCCUUUAUCAGGAGGUGCAAUGCAUCCUACAGUCCAGUCACCAGGAGGAGGGUGUAGAGCUCAGGAACCUCCUCACCACCCCCCACUUCCAGGCUCUGAUGCAGGCCCAUGACAGUGUGGCAGAGCAGGAGUUGGAGCCGGACCCAGAAGAGAGAAUGAUUCAGUACCUGGGAGAGACCGUCAAACUGGUGCGGCUGGAGAAGGCCGGCGACAUGCCUCUGGGCGCCACGGUUCGUAACGAGAUGGACAGCGUGGUGGUGAGUCGCGUGGUGAAGGGCGGGACAGCCGAACGGAGCGGUCUCCUGGCCGAGGGAGACGAGAUCCUGGAGAUCAACGGCGUGCCCGUCCGCGGGAAGAACGUCAACGAGGUCCACGACCUUCUGAUGGAGAUGCAUGGCACUCUGACCUUCCUCCUUAUCCCCAGCUCACAGAACAAAACACCCUCACACAGGCAGACUGUGAUGCACGUGAGGGCCUAUUUUAACUACGACCCGUCUGAUGACCCGUACGUGCCAUGCAGGGAGCUGGGCCUGUCCUUCCAGAAGGGAGACAUCCUCCACAUCAUCAGCCAGGAUGACCCCAGCUGGUGGCAGGCCUACAGGGACGGGGAUGAGGACAACCAGCCCCUAGCCGGGCUAGUACCAGGAAAGAGCUUCCAGCAGCAGAGAGAAGCUAUGAAGAAAACCAUUGUGGACAGGAAUCCUGACAGCCCAGGGAAGCUUUGGUGUGCAAAGAAGAACAAGAAGCAGAGGAAGAAAACAAUGCACAACCCCAACAGGAACGUUGACUACUACGCUGAUGAAAUCCUGACCUAUGAGGAGAUGGCGCUUUACCACCAGCCAGCCAAUCGCAAGCGACCUAUCGCCCUGAUUGGUCCGCCCAACAGCGGGCAGAAUGAGCUGCGGCAAAGGCUGCUGUCCAUCGAGCCGGACAGGUUCGCCGGAGCUGUGCCACAUACAACGAGAAACCCACGCAUACAUGAGAAGAACGGGAGGGAGUACCACUUUGUGAACCAGCUGGCGUUUGAGGCUGAUGUGGCAGCGGGGAAGUUCAUAGAGUCUGGGGAGUACGAAAGGAACCUGUACGGCACCAGCAGUGACUCGGUUCGACAGGUCAUCAACUCAGGCAGGAUCUGUCUGCUGUGCCUGCACACUAAGUCACUGCGGGUACUGCGGUCCUCCAACCUCAAGCCCUAUGUGAUCUUCAUCGCUCCUCCCUCUCAGGAGCGAUUGCGCAUCCUGCUGGCCAAGGAUGGCAAAAACCCAAAGCCAGAGGAGCUGAAGGAGUUGAUCGAGAAGGCCCGGGAGAUGGAGCAGGCCUACGGCCACCUGUUUGACGCGGCCAUUGUUAAUGGCGAGCCAGACACGGCCUUCCACGAGCUCCUGCGGCUCAUCGACAAACUGGACACAGAGCCCCAGUGGGUGCCCUCCUCCUGGCUGUGCUAGGGGUAAGAGGUCAGGGUUGAUGGGUCAACCUAGCGGUCAACUCCAGGGAGCCACAGGAAGGAGAGUGUGGCCUGGGUUGUGUUCAUUAGGCACCACAUGGAAGAAAACGGAUUGAAACAGGAAGUGAAUACCUGGACUUGUCCAAUAAGAACCAUUUGUUCUAGUUUUUCGUAGAAAAAUGUUUUAACACAUUUGACUACGGUGUAUCCUGAAUGAACAUGACCCAUAACACAGCUCUGAAGGAACGACCCUAAAGGAAGGAUGGACACCGUUAGACCAUCAUGGAGCCUCGCAGACACAAAAUAGAGGGCCCAUGCCUUCUUUGCCUGAAAGGGUAACUUGUCCUUUAUCUAGCCUUCUUAUGGAAGUUGGACUUUACUUAAUUUGCAGGCAUGGACACUUUAUUAUAUAUGUGUUUUUGUCUGUGUUUGUCUUUGUGAAUGUUAUUUUGUGUUUUUGUCAAUGUCGGCACCAUUCCAGAUUCCAGUAGCAUAUGCAAAGACAUUUAUCCAAAACUGUAGAAAACACAUUUUCAUUUCAUUCUACUCUAAAUAGUUAUUUAUGAUUGUAAAUAUGUAUUUUUAGAUGAGAUGUAAACAAAUGUGAUUUACCAUUAUCUCAGACCCCAGUCUAAUAAUGUAUGGUUUGUUUGUAUGUGGUAUACAAUACAAUGCAAUGCACUGGAACUGUCUCUCAAUUGAGGACCAAUUUGCUCCAGGGGAACAAUGUAACUUUCUCCUAGAAGUAAAAACCAAAGAGAAAGCCGUUGUAUUCUAAAUAUGGUAAGGUACUUGCUGUGUAUCGAUGAUAGUAUUAUGUUGUGUUAUCUUGAGUUGCUGCACUUGUACCUCAAAAACAGACCUCAAGAAUCAUUGAUCAUCAGUAAAGAUGACCUCAGUAUCCAUUGAAUAGUAUACCUAGUGUCUAUCCACAGACAUUAACAGUGUGAAAACAAUCAAUUUAGCAUCAUUUAAUCUGACAAACUUUUUUUUUCUUUGGUACUUUAUAAGCACAACUCAAAAGAAGCCAUCUUCAAUAUAAUGAACAUUUCUGAUGAGAAUUGUUUCAUGAUGGUGGACAUUAAAGUUACAUGAAUACUAUUUUAUCAGGUAAAUGUAUG